AUGACUGCUUCGUUUCUUGUGAGAAGGUUCAGGCCGAUCUCCUCUUCAAGAGGAAGAUGGGCUGGGACGUUGACUCCGAGGAAACAAUCAAAUGAUGAUGCUAGCGAAGCACGUGUCGAGAAGGAGAAAGUCGAGCCGAUUACCACCUUCAGCCGGCCGCCUCCGUUUUCCCCUUUCCUCGGAUCGCUUGUUGCUCUUUCAAUGCUGCAAUCGUGGAGCAAAAGGGAUAACAAUGACGAUUGA